AUGUUCAAGUGCGCGACUCGCUGCCUUCUGGACACCAAGACGGUGCCGCUGAAGCCGCAGCGCCCCUUCAAGCUGCACACGGCUGGCCGCACCGACAUGGCACCCCUGCCGACGCAGGCGGUAUACGACGCAGAGCAGCUGAAGCAGAGCCUUGCCCUGAUGUUCCGCAUCCGCCGCAUGGAGUCUCUGUGCGAUCAGUCCUACAAGCUAAAGAAGAUUCGCGGCUUCUGCCACCUCUACAUCGGGCAGGAGGCCAUCCCGGCUGGCAUGGAGAACGUUCUGACCUUCGAGGACCCCAUUAUCACUGGCUACCGUGAUCACGGCUGGUACAUUUCUCGCGGUGGCAAGCCCGAGGAUGUCUUCGCUGAAAUGUUCGGUCGUCAGGGCGGCUGCAGCAAGGGCAAGGGUGGCUCGAUGCACAUGUACAGGGUGGAUAACGGCUUCUACGGCGGUAAUGGUAUCGUCGGUGCGCAGGUCUCCAUCGGCGCUGGCCUUGCCUGGCGCUUCGCGAUGGAGAACCGCGACAGCCCGAAGCACGUCGCGGUCACCUUCUACGGCGACGGUGCUGCCAACCAGGGCCAGAUCUACGAGUCCAUGAACAUUGCCGCUCUGCAGCGCCUCCCCGUCAUCUUCGCCGUGGAGAACAACCACUUCGGUAUGGGCACUAGCGCCGCUCGCGGCUCCUAUCAGGCGGAGUUUUACCGCCGUGGUGACUACAUCCCUGGUAUCAAGGUCGAUGGCAUGGACGUGCUCGCGGUGCAGGAGGGCACCCGCUACGCACGCGACUACUGCAUGUCGGGCAAAGGCCCGAUUGUGAUGGAGCUGGACUGCUACCGCUACAUGGGCCAUAGCAUGUCAGACCCCGACAACCAGUACCGCACCAAGAGCGACAUCCAGCACGUGAAGCAGGAGCGUGACUGCAUUCGCAAGAUGCGCGAGUUCAUGGCAACGGAGGGCAUCAUGACCGAGGACGAGAUGAGCAAGAUGGAGAAAGACGUAAAGAAGGAGGUGGACCAGGACCUGCAGAAGGCCCAGAAACAGCCUAUGACAAAGCUGGAUGAGCUCUUCACGGACAUCUACGUGGGUGAGCAGUACGAGCACCGCACUUGCCAGGGCACUGUGUACCACAAGCCCUAA